CUGGUACUCAGUUGCAUGCGGUUAGACUGGAAGCAGAGGAAAAUGGUGUUGGGCAGACUAGGCAGAUGAUGAUGUAAUAUCUUUUUGGGGUAAAAUCAACUAGUGCUUGUGUGUAAGUUUGUAUUAAGAACAGAUUAAUAUAAGUAAAUUAGAGUGUUACAAUUUCAAUAUUAGGCUACCAUAGUAAGCGACAUAUUAAUUCUAAUAGGACCGCCUACUUGUGUAAUCUAUUUACUUUGUACAAAUAAAAUAUUUAUCUACACAUUACACUACACGUGAGGUUUGAACCUCAUUAUAAAUGCUUGACAUUGCUACAAACAACCCCUAUCACUAUUUAAAUCUUUCGCGCCCUUUAACCCGGUCUCUGAUUGGUUCGCUAAAGUUCGCGCCAACCGCGCACCUACGUCACGGCGUGUCGCUACCUACGCAACACGUAGGUGUUGUAAUGAGAACCCCUCAUAUUUACAUCGUCAUAAAAAUAGUAUCAAACCAAAUCUUAGAAAAACAACAAGACUCCACAAUAUUGAACAAAUAUUAAAAAAUAAAUAACAGAAAAAAUAAUUCGGUAAAAUUUAGCAUAGCUUCAAAAAAUUUUUGAAUUUCGAAUUGGCGCCAAUUUCGAGUGCAUACGUAGAGGUAGAUGUCGUUGCAGCUAUGUAGUCUGGGGAUGCGUCCGGCCGCCGCACGGCAGUCGCGGUGACGGACCCCGGCGACAUGGAGCCAUCUACCUCCGUUAGCAACGGCGACGCCGACAAGGCUCUUAACAUAGAACUGCUCAUUUCUGAGAUCAAGCAGCGCCCGGCCCUCUACAGCAAUGCUCAAGCCGAGUAUCUCGAGAGAAUGUCCAAGCAGAAGGAGUGGACCGAAGUCUGUCAAGCAUUAUUCAAGGACUGGAACAAGUUCAGCCCGCGCAAGAAACGAGACAAAGUGCGCGAAGUUCAAACCAAGUGGCUGAAGUUGAAGAACUCUUUCUUGAAGAGCUAUGGAGGUGUUCGCAAGAUGUCUCCAUUGGCCAAGAAGAAGAAGCACACCCAUUUCAACAGCAUGUCGUUCCUGAUCCCUUCUACUUCGACACAGGAGGACAACAAUGUGGAUAAUAAUAAUGAGGAUGAGGAGAGUCAGGAAGCCCCUCCGUUGUCAACUGCUGAGAGGAUGGUGGCUGAGUUCUCGCAAAUGCACGAGGUGAAGCCGACGCCAUACAUUGUGCCGGUGCCGCAGAUUCAGCAGCCGGCACACACACCGAUAGACGAGCAUCUGAACUUCGCUCUCAUGUUGAUCCCGUCUCUUCGCCAACUGACUGCGGACCAGAAGUUCAUCGCCUGGACCAGCAUUAUUGAAAUUAUUCAGAAAGCUGGAGAGCUGGGUAAAAAUAUCAGCGUGUUGCAAGAUCAGCUUCGGUACCCAACUGCUGGACCGAGUGGCGAGCAGGGACAGGUGCCUAUGGUCCAAUUGCCCCCAGCACCGGGCACUUUAGAGCCAGAGGAACCAGAGGAACCCGCAUUCCCAGCUAGCCACGGUAGACCCACUAAUCCUCAAGGCGAAAUCAUGUAUCCAGAAACUGAUCAGGAAGACCUAGAUGAGGCCUAAUUUGAGGUAUACCGAAUUAUUUAAGCUGAGCGAAAUACACGCCGCUCAAACUUAGCCCUCUAUUUUAUGUAUUCUUACCGAACCUCUAUUUCUCUUUGAUGCAACAUUAGGUUGUCAUAAAUUUUCGAAAGGUGUACCUGGGCUAAUUUUGAGUGCCAAAAUUUCCGCGUCCAGAUAUGGACGGUGAAGUCUUUUGCUAAAAAGGCUAUUUUGUAAAAUGUAAUUUUUUGUUAUGUAGGUAUGUGUGCAGGGUUAACUAUUAAAACAAUUUUAAUCAUCAUCCGCCUAGCCGUUACCAAACGAAGUUGGGUAUCGGCGCGUAGUGCGAGGAUCUGUCUAAAGACCACCCGUAGACAGACGCAACAAGACCAGCUUACUUAGACCCCUAAAUGUUAACUAAUUACUAUUUCAAAAGAUGUUUUAUUUUUUUGAUCUCUAAACGAUAUAAGAUAAAAGCUAUGUGAAUCCGUGCUGUCCAUUUGUCACUUCCUCAGACCUAAGGCCGUAUACAGGAAGAAAGCUGGAAGAAUGUAAGCGCUUAUAAGUUUCCAGCUUUUGUCGGCGCCGGUCAGCGCUUAUCGGCGCGUGUUCAUAUAUUUUUCCUGCGCGGGUUACCAGCGCUGUCAAGCGCCGAUAAACGCUUAUAAGUUUCCAGCUUCUUCCAGCUUUCUUUCUGCAUAGGGCCUAAUUUACUGAGCAGGUGGUGGUAUCGAGCUUAGACAGAAGCGGAAAAAUUUAGGU